GUGGAGUUACACCUAUUUCAGCAUGGCGGUAAAUUCCGCUGCUCGUAUGUGGAGUCGUUACAAGGAACUGUACAAUACAGUGGAUGCAGCUAUUUUCCGCAAACUGCCAGAUGCUGUACAGGAUCUUGAUGUUGCAUUAAGAAAACACAAGCCUGAUUUUAUAUCUCUAUUAAGGAACCCUGCCAAGAACAAUGCACAUAGAGAGACAGUUAAGAAGGCAGAUAGAGAAGGGAUUACCAUUGAGGGUGACCAGGCACCUCACACUCUCACACAAGAGUUCAUACAAGAGGCACUAAUCAUCAGUGAUAUCUUUGAUCUCAAUGAAUUCGCUGCAGUGGAACUUUUACUUGCUGGUGAGAACCAGCAACCCAAUUUCCCUGGCCUAACCCGUGGUCUGGUGGCAGUUCUCCUGUAUUACGAUGGUAGGAGGAGUCUUGUUAAUUCCUUGCGCACACUCAUCCAAUCACGAGAGGGCAACACCUGGACACUAGGUCUGAAUGAAGAGCUGGUUGAUAUGACAACAAGGUUUACAAAGCAGCUGAUGGAUGAAGGCUUGAUCAGCAAAACAUUAGAACGCAUCAAAGGACUAGAUUUUGCGAGGGAAUAUAGUAACCUUCAAACUGAACGAGCCUUGGGAAAUGCACGUCAUAGAAAACGUGUCACCGAUUUGUACAAUGAAUCACGUCUUUCCCUAGCUGAGUGUAUUUUCUGCUGGGCCGCACAAACACCCUUAGAUAAAAACAAUACAUUACAAUUGAUUGCAUAUUUGCGAAAUGAUGAUACAACCAAUCCUGAUGGGACAUUGGAUAGUGUCACUAUUGCCCUAAUGAUGGCGCUCUUGUUCUGUCUAGAUGCUCAGAUCGUGGACCAGGAAGACACAGAAGAAAUCCUAAAGAGACUUCCCGCAUUGUCCGACCCAUCAUACAUUCCUGCAAUCCAUAAAGAGCUUACAUCUAACCAAGCCUGGGCCAACCCUGGACUAAAGGCAAUAGCACAGUUUGCCUGGGGUCUCUCAUUGAGAGUUCUUUCUCAGCACUCAACUGCACCAGAUCUAAAUGAAUACUGUGAGGAAGAUGAGAUGAUCGUGGGACUUGCUGUACAGGAAAAUGUCUUCACAUUUCUCAAGAACUCUGUCUUAAAUUCUACAGUUUUUCACCAAGAGGAAUAUUACAUGAGGAAGAUGCACAAUCUCAUCACAGAGUUCAUCGUACAUAUGCCUCUUAAGAUCAAAGAGAUGCGUAACCAUGGUGAUGAGACUGCACGUAUCAUAAUGGCUCACUUACAAGAAGGUUUAGAGCCACCUGGUAACCUCCGUAGAGACUUUGAAAACUUCAUGAGUCUUAUAGGGGAGUUCUAUAGAAAUGACCCCCUGAAUCUGGAACUUGGGCUGGAAUUCUGGUGCCCUCCUGAUCCUAGUGUAGGUGGCGGCCCUGGGGCCUUUCAGACAAUGCAUCAUUUGAGACCUCCCCAAAGACAGAUCUCAUUGUUCAAGUUUGUUAGACUAGCAGGUGACCUCCUACCACCUUCUCUGUAUAUUCCAUAUAUUGAGAUGCUAACUGGCUUAGCUAAUGGGCCUCAAUGUGCACAUCAUUGCUUUAAUCUUCUCAAGACCAGCGGAAUGAAUGCAGGUGGUCAAUUGAGCACAGUUUCCUGGGAUCAUUUCUUCAUGUCCAUGAACCAAUACUACACAACUCUGAGACAAGAGGCCCCAUCACAAUCAGACAUGUCCCAUGUUUAUCAUCAUCACAUGAGAGGGAUCACCCCACAAGAACUAGAGGGGCUGGUCAAGGUGUUGGGACUGACUAGAAUGAUUGCAAAACAUGAUGAGAAUGCAAGAAUAGCUCUCUGUGAGAACCAGCAGUGGUUACCCCAUGUCCUGAUGUUGGGCCUUGUUGGCUGUAGUGUGCCUCCUAAACUAAAGGCUGAACUUCUAACCACUCUAGCUGCCUUUGCGAAGACACCUGAGAUAGCAGCUAGCUUGUGGCAGUCCCUUGAGGUCUCUCAGCUACUUCCCACUAUAUAUUCAACAUCUGUGCACCAGGCCGGGGGAAUACAGGUGGAGCUGGAUGAAGUUGAAGCUAGAAACGAGGAAUUCCCAAUGACUAUUGCGUUUCUUGAACUCCUUGAUGCAUUGACAGAGAUUCCUGUCCCAGCAGGCUUAGGGGCAGGAUACCGACCUCCUGGGCUAGACCCAUAUUUGGUUUUUAUCAGAGAUAAUGUUUUCCUGAAGUUUAACACCAGAGCUUACAAACAUCCUGGAGAAAAGUGGCAGGUGGCUAGUUGUGUCCUGAAGAUCCUCUUUAAAUUAUUGAACGAAUACGAGCCUAUGUUGGAGCACUUCAUGGAACAGCCUGUUGAACUACAAGGGGGAGGCACUGUAACAGCCAGUAAACCAGCAGGUUACAGCUUAAUGGUACACAUGCUGAAUGAUGGUGGUAUGUUAAAAAUGGUGUUAUAUAUCUUGGAUGAAGCAGCAAAGUUAUUAGACAGUUACACAGAUUUUUCAGGGAAGAAUUUCUUAGAGGAGACAUCUUUACUUUGUCUGAAACUGGUGGAGGUUACACUAGAGAAGCAAGAGCAGUUCUUUGACAUAUUACGAGAGAGUGGCUCCUCAUUAAUCAUAUCCCCUCUGGAUAAGCUAUUGCUGGGGAUUAACCCCCGUAGCGGAAAAGCUGACCACCUCGUCAAUGUGGCAAAGUAUGUGAUGCAUAACAACAACUUAGCAGAGCAUGCCCUGCAGGCAGUGAAGGCAUUAUGCUGGGUCUGCCAGUCCUCCCUUGUUCAACCAGAACUUGUAGGCCUCUUCACAGCUGAUGAGGAGGUUGGGGCUAACUUACUCCAUGGGUUUGUUGAGUGCAUCGAGGCUGAGGACAUUGAAGACCCACCUAUAGAGGGCACUGAAGAUUCAGAGCUGUCCCUGGGGCAGAUACGUAAUGCAACCAGGCAGAAUAUCAUGCGUCUGAUCCUCUAUACGAUUGAUCAACCAGCCCCAACUCUUGCCCACUUCCUGAUGGGCUAUGAGCUGAGAAGGCCCCUUGUAAACACUGUGUUGCAGGAUCCAGGAAUAAGUGGAACACCCAAGACCUGCCUACACGCAAUCUUGGAUCUUCUCGGACAGGGCCUAGACAAUAAGACUGGUCCUACAUGUCUGAUAGAUACCCCCAAGCUGGCAGAGCUGGCCUACCAUACCGUUUAUGAGCUCUGUGCCAACAGGGAUGUCUCUAGUGCCACCCUGAGGUAUCUUCGAACCACACAUGAUUUUCUAUACAAGCAGCUGCUGCAUAUGCCCUUUAGUACACAUACAGAAAAGACAAGUUCCAUCAACCAGCAAUCAUGGCUGCUGAAGACUGUUGCGAUAGAGCUUAGGGUGACAUCUAUGAACAGGCAGAGGUCUCACACACAACGUUUACUUAAUUUGUUAUUGGAUGAUUCCCCUGCAUUGGCAUCUCAAACAGGUUUAAGAGGGGAUGGUCAGGAUACAGACUUCUCACAGACAGAUGCAGAUAGAUCUAUAUUUGGCCUUAAUGACACCAGAGGGGGUGUGCCUGGUCAAACUCGGAGGAAAAUUCUGAGAUUGUUGGACAUGUUGAGUUUCACUCAGGAAUACCCACAACCUUUGAACCUGGAGUUCUUUGAACCAUCUGUCAUUGAACAGGUGAUUGCCUCAAGAGAGUCAAAGAAUGAUGAAAGUGUCAUAUACUGCAAUGUCAAGUCUCUACAUAAAAUUCUUAUGAAUGAGCUGAACAACCUCCAGGGGUCCACAGCUGCAGGCCAAAGGCUUAAAGUUCUAGAGGAGAUCCAGAACAUUCUUGCAAAUGUAGUACAGAAGAACUCAGUGAGGGAGAGCAUUCAUGCUAAACGUCAAGCCUUCAAUGCCUUAAGGCAAGUGAUAGAGAUCAUCCUGAAUGCUUGCCCUAUGGACCUCAUCAGUGGGGAGAAGAGACAGUUGGCACUGUUUGAGAUCACACAGGAUCUACUGGUGAAGGUGUCUGAUGAGGAUGCUCUACCUGAUCUCAUGGCCCCAGUAGCUGGACUCAUUCUCACUCUCAUUUCAAACUUACGUCAAUGCUUCAUCUCUGACCAAUCAGAUGCCUCCAUUCCUCAAACGUCUCACUACAUCUCCUUAUUAGACAACCCAGCAGCCUUGACAGCCAAUCAGACUGCUUCAUUUGGACAGAAUUCUGGCUCUAAAACAAUGUUUGCUUCGUCCCUGCAAGUUGUUCUCAGGGGCAUAAUUGACUUCAUAAUGCGUACAAGUGGGGGCCAACAAAGGGUGAGAGCAAACCUAUAUGGAGCUCUACUCUUCUACCUACAGAUUGCGAAGAAGCCACAAGAUCCGCCUUUACUGGAACAUGGUGCUCCAGAGAGAGGGGUAGGAGCAGCAUUAGCUACAAAGGUGUCAGAAUAUGAGCAGUUGACCAGUGAGAAUGUUGCAACUAUAUCAUCAUAUGGUCCAAACUUUAUUGAGAUUAUAUGUAAAGAUGCAUGUGAUGGCCACGAUGUGGGAAGGAUGUUGGCCCUUGCUGCCUUAGAUGCUAUAGUGGAUACAGACAGGCACCACCAAUGGCUGCAAUUUAUGACAUCCAAGGGUUACCUACAACAUCUCAUAGAUAGCCUCCUACAGGACAAUGAGCAGCUACAAGCCAUGUUAAACCCAAGCCCUGAACCACUAAAAGCACUUUACAUUUAUGAAUCAAAAAUGAGUCUGCUGACAAGGCUGGCAGAGUCGGCCAGUGGAGCCCAGACAUUGCUACAACUAGGGGUCAUGGCUAGGUUGGUUGAAUGUACUGUAUUGGACAUGAGACCAGAAACAGACAGGCAGCCUCAAGGGGAUGUGACAUUUGAGGGAUUUGUGCCUAGUGUUAUGUCAAGGUUCAGGCAGCUUCUCUUCCCAGCUUUGAAACUGUGCAUUGGGGUGCUAACUUCCCUGGGAGUAGAGAACAGAGAGGCAGCCUAUCAGAUCCUGCAAUUUAUAGUUGCCCAUGGUGAGGUUUUCACCACUAUUCUGAGGAAUCAGCCACAUGUGCUACAACUAGAUUCUCUAAAAGAGGUUGCCUUAGUUACUGCAGUGUUGUCACGGGCUGCUAUAGAAAGUGAAGACAAUGUUGAAACAACAAUAGGAGAUACAUCUGACAUAGAGUUCAAAGGUCAUCUCUCUCGCAUACAGCGCCAGAUGAUAGCGCUUUUGCCCAAAUAUGUCAUGACACAGAAUUUACAGAGACAGUUACGUGAUAUAGAGGGCAGUACUGGUGAUGAAGGUGGUGACGUUCGUAUGGAGAUGGAAAUUACGAUUCAGGAAAUUGCAUCAAAUGUUGUGGCUUAUUGUCGUGCUAUUAUUUCAAAAUCAGGCCCCAAUGCUGCAUUCACAAGAGUUCUAUUCAACCCCAACCUCCAGGAAGCAACUGCUAGAAAUGUGCAAGAGUUUGAAGAUCUACAAAGUACAAUGGCAAGUUAUAGUCGGCCUCCUAAUCUGGGUUUGAUUGUCUAUCAGCUCCGUCAAUGUACCAACAGUUUUAUGACAGUUUUUGACAGUCACUCCCAGUUUGCCAGGAAGCUGAAAACAUUGGCAGAUCUAGGAGCAGAAGAGCUUAAAGAGCUGUGUGGUAGAUCUGCAGGUGAAAAACUGUCGACACAACAACGUCAGGCCAUAGCCAGGAAAAGACUAUUGCAAAUAUUGGGAUAUAAAGUGCAAGAACUACAACUCUAUUCAUAUAUCAUAGAGAACUGUCUGUUCAUCUUGUGGCGUCACCUAGAGUAUUUUCUUCAACACUGUGAACCCUUGCAGACUGGCUCAAGUCUCCUCAGCAUGCACUCUAAGAAACAAGAGAGUAUCCGCAGAUUACAAGAGAUGCCAACCACCAGUACACCUUACCGUAAGCAGUAUGGACAUGAUGCAUCCUUAGACACAACUGUACAAAGUGGAGUAGGUCGUGAAGACCUGGAGAAACUCAAGAUGGACGCACUCAGCUGUAUAAAUGAAUCAUUGUUCAAGAAACUACAAGAUAUUGAACAGUGCUACAUAAGACAUCGGACGAGAUAUUGUUUCAUGGAAGCAGUGGUGCGCCGAUUAAAGAGACUCUUGACACUACAUACUAGAACAUCUUGAUAGACAUCAUUAGAAUAGAGCAAAAUAUAGAGAAAUACAUAAUAUGUACAUUGGACCAUAUGAUGUCAGAGGUCAAAGGCCAAAAUUGUGACAUGAAAAUUAUGAAAAAACUAUGAAAAUUAGAAUUUUUUAAAUUUAUUAUUGGUCAUAUUGUGUCUAGUUUUUUUAGGUCAAAAAACAUAGUUUUUAAAGACAAAAAAUAUGAAUUGUUCAUCCAAAUCCUAUUUUAAUUAAAAGGUUACAAAGAUCAAUGAUUUCUAUGUAUUGCAUAAGUUUUGUGUAUCACAUAUGUUAUAUGUAUCGCAUAAGUAUGUGUCCGACGCGCCGAUUGGAGCAUGCCGGUGUGAUCUUAGGCAUGAUGUGUACUGUAUGUGUAUCAAUAUGAAUGUCAUAGAAAUAAAUUACAAACUGUAUUUUGUAAAUAGCUUUUGAAAUGUUAAAGGAUUAGCCACUCCAGGAAGUGAGUCUCAGUAUUGUGACAUCACAACAAAAAUAAGAUCUCCUGCGACAGUGUCUCGAAAUGUUGUGUCUCGUAUUCUGAAGACUGUGUACUGCCACAGAGUAAGCAAAAAUAAUGAGGAAGUGAUUUUUGUGUAUAACAGUAACUUAUAAGGAAUAUGAAAAAUUGUUCUCUAUUAUGAUUAAUCUAUGCAUUUUAGUUACUAUUGACUAUUACAGAGUUAAAUACCGG